CAACAUUUUGUACUAUGAUAAGCUAAAGAGGGAAGUUAAUUAAUUAUUAACUUAAUCACUUCACCAGACAAAAAAAAAGUAGUAGGUGAAAGGGCCCAUAUAACAGAUUCCAUUUCUUCCUUCGUACCUUUCGAGAUUUGAUUUUUUUUUGUUUUCAUCGGAGGAGAAUGGGCGGAGACGGCAAAGUUUACACCUUGGCUGAGGUUUCACAGCACACUACCGCCAAGGAUUGCUGGAUCGUCAUCGAUGGCAAGGUUUAUGAUGUGACAAAGUUCUUGGACGACCAUCCUGGUGGUGACGAGGUCAUCUUGACUUCUACAGGGAAAGACGCGACGGAUGAUUUUGAGGAUGUGGGACACAGUUCGACUGCUAAAGCUAUGCUUGAUGAGUACUAUGUGGGUGAUAUUGAUACAGCCACUGUCCCAGCCAAAACCAAGUUCGUUCCUCCUUCUCCUCCUAAGCAAACCGAGUCUAACCAGAACCAGAGCUCGGAUUUCGUCGUUAAGAUCCUUCAGUUCCUCGUUCCUCUUCUCAUCUUAGGCUUGGCUCUCGGUAUCCGUUCUUACACCAAGACUCCUUCUUCUUCUUGAGGACUCUCUAUUGGGGAUAGGUCUUUGAGUGUUUUGCCCAUUUAUCUUAUCUGCCUGUCUUGUAAGACUUCAGAUAUUAUAUUCUUGUUCAGUCAAGUGGAUCUGUUUAUGUCUGAGAAGACCUUUUUGAUUUGAAAAUCAGCUACAUUGUUGUCUUAUAUCAUAUUAUCAUUUGCACAA